GGAACAUGAGCAGGUAGCAGGACGGUGCCGCCUCCCCCCGAAGUGAGGACGGUCCUUCCCCACUUGGACAACCUGCAUGCCGGCAUUAAGUUUGCACUCAAGCGGCUCACAGCUCAACUUUGUGACCGCACUGAAGCCAUCUUUUCUCGGGCUCUGCACCUCCACGACACCCCCGGAAAGCUACCAUGUGACCUGGACUUACCUGGACGGGACGCUCGCUAACUUUUAGUUUUUUGAAGACUAGUUUGGAUAAAGACAAAUAAGCCUAAAUAUUCAUGAUGUGCACGAGUAGCAUUUUUCUGUUGGCGUGUUUUGCCGGCUUUGGUUUUGGAAACAUGCAAAAAUGCGACGAAGUGAGCAAAGUUUUCCAACUUCGGCAAAUUGGACCAAAGCAGUUGCUGCCUUUAAGUCCCAGACCAGGCCCCGAUCUUCAGGUGUGUAAGUCCAAAGGGCCGACCUGCUGCACCAGGAAGAUGGAGGACAGGUACCAGAUGGCGGCAAGAAGGGACAUCCAGAACCUCCUUCAGACCUCCAGCUCCAGCCUCAAGUUUCUCAUGGCCCGCAACGUGGCGGCUUUUCAAGACACAUUUGAGGUCCUGCUGAGGCAGGCUGAGAACCGCACCAUGGCCUCGCUCCAGGAGUCGUACGGCGACAUGGCCGUUCAAGUCCAGGAUCCCGUGCAGGAGCUCUUCACCGAUAUCGGCCUCUUCCUGCUGGGCUCCGAGCUCAAGGUGGAGGACGCGGUUCAAAGAUUUUUCGAGGCUCUCUUCCCGCCGGUUUACAGUCGCCUGGUCAGCCCUGCCCCGGGUCUCCUGGCAGAGGGCUACGCCGAGUGCGUGAGUGCCUCGGCCCGCGAGGUGAGGCCGUUCGGCGCGGCGCCCGGCUUGCUGGCGGAUCAGAUCGCUCGCUCCGGGGUCUCUGUCAAGGUGCUCCUUCAAGCUGUGCACCUGGGCAUGGAGGUGAUAAACACCACGGACCACUUGAUGCUGAGCCGCGAGUGCAGGAGGGUCUUGUUGAAGAUGUUGUACUGCCCACACUGCCAGGGGGUGACAGAGUCCAAGCCCUGCAUGGGUUACUGUCUGAACGUGAUGCGAGGCUGCCUGGCCAGCAUGGACAUCGACGUCCACUGGAGGGACUUCGUGCGCUCGCUGGAGGGCUUGUCAGCUCGGAUGCAGGGGCCGCAGGAUUUGGAGCAAGUGCUGCUGGGAGUUGACACGCUGCUCCACCACGCUGUCGGACACGCUCGGAGGAACGCACCUCGAGUCUCGGCACAGGUGCACCAAAUGUGUGGCCUCCCCAGCAGGAAGGAUGUGAAGACAGUCAGCAUCCAACACAGCAGGAGAGAAACCACCCGCCCUAAAACUGCCACCAUGUCAGGAGACUCACUUGCUGUCAGGAGAAGCGACUUCCUAAACAGUCUGCGCCUGUAUCGCACUUACUACGGUGGCCUGGCGGAUCAGCUGUGUGUGAGCGAACUGGCCUCCGAUGACGGGCUGUCCUGCUGGAACGGAACAAACAUCGUGAAAAGCUACACUCUGCGCGUGGUGGGCAACGGCGUGAAGGCGCAGGCCGCCAACCCCGAGGUGAAAGUGAGAGGAGACGACGCCGUGAUCCACCAGAUCAUUGACAAACUCAAGCACAUCAACCAGCUGCUGCAAGGAAAGUCCAUUCCUAAACUGGGGACCUUAGACCAGAUCGAGACCGGAAGCGGGGACGUGGAAGGACGAUACAGCGGUGACUGCGACGACGAAGACGGCUGUGACGGGUCGGGUGGUGGCAGUGCCAAGAAGAACAUCCUGAGAGUAUCUAAAGUGAAUCCAGACGUGUCCAGUGACCACAACCACAACCACAACUACAACCACCACCACCAUCACCAUCCGUCCACAGAGCAGGUGACGGUCCCAUCCGGCGGCGCGGGGGCUGACCGGAUCCGCCGUCGUCAUGGUAACGACGUGGCUCCACACGCUCUUCCUGGCGCCGUAACGGUUCGACUCGGACCUGGGGACUUCAUUCUGAUGUAUUUAUCAGAAAAGGACAAACUUUCAGGGCGCGACAGCAGAAAGACACAAAGAGAACAAAGGAGGUGUGCCAGAAUAGGUUUGGCAAAAUAUUUUUUUUAUUCAACUCCAAACUGCGGCUUUUCGGUGAGUAGUAGGUGACCUUGGUCCGGGUGCAGGGUUCUUGGUGAGUAGUAGGUGACCUUGGUCCGGGUGCAGGGUUCUUGGUGAGUAGUAGGUGACCUUGGUCCUGGUGCAGGGUUCUUGGUGAGUAGUAGGUGACCUUGGUCCUGGUGCAGGGUUCUUGGUGAGUAGUAGGUGACCUUGGUCCGGGUGCAGGGUUCUUGGCGGACAUGCUGGUUGAUCGUCUGGGAACAACCCGCUCAUGACUAUUUUUAUUUUGUAUCAACAACUUUGGCUUUUGAAGCCUGAUUUAAGUCAACAGUGACUAAAAUGUAUUUUAUAAACUCAUUCGUUUCGUACUUUUGCUCAGAAGAUGUCUGCACAAAAUAAUCUACUGUAACUUUUAGAGGGGCCAAAGUGUUAGGAUAUUUUUUAUUUUUUAUGACUACAUUGUUUUGUAAAAUAACUUGAAUUAAUAUAUGGUUGGAAAACAAUUUACAGAAAAAAAUGCUAUAAAGUGGUCAUAUUAUGAUUUUCAAUUGCAUGUAAAAUAGAAGUUCUUGUCAACACUCAAAUAUUACACUGAAUUAGAAAUUGUACUCUUAAUUUUAUUGUAUUCAAUAUGUUUUUUAUGAUAAUAAAUUAAUACAUUUUUCAAGAAA